CUCAGUUCUUUGAGGGUAGUUAGUUGGACAACGGCGUUGCCGCAAAACGGGCCCCACAGCUGCCGCACAACAACAAUUUUUUGGCAGUGGAAACGGCGCCGACAACAACAACAACAACGAGAACAACAAGCGGCUAACAAGUCAAUGCGCCCGCUUACAAGCAGCUUAUACACAGAUUGGCAAUGUAGCCGCCGCGUUGCGUGGCAAAUCAAAAAAAAAAAAAAAUAGUUUACUAAAAAUUUAAUACGAAGGCUUGGCUACAGCAUAAAAAAUAGAAGAGAAUUUCCGAACGCCGCGUACACAGUAGAAAUCAUUCAAAAUUCAUCGACUAAGCAAAGCGGAUGCAGCUGCAAAUUGCAAGAAUUUAGUACCAAAACCAAAAGCCAAUCAAAACGUGCAUAUCAAAUAGAAACGUCUAAACGUAUAAGCCAAUCAAACGACGCAUUUAAAGGGCCAGGCCAACACCAAACCACAACAGCAACAACAACACACACACAGGACAACAAAUAAAACUGCAACUGCAACUGCAACUGACCAGAGUGACAGAAGCCAACAGAGCUCGCUGGCUGUGGGGCUGCUGUGCAUGCCGCGGAUCAGCCGCGGAUUAUGUCACGUGACGAUUAUAAUCCAGUGAAUAGCUCUGGUGUGCGCAGUCCGGGUCGCGUGCGUCGGCUACAGGAAUUGCCAACGGUCGAUCGCUCACCAUCACGGGAUUACGGCGCACGCGGCAGUCCACUAGCAAUGGGCAGUCCAUACUACCGCGACAUGGAUGAGCCAACAAGUCCCGCCGGUGCGGGACAUCAUCGCAGCCGCAGCGCCAGCAGACCACCGAUGUCACAUGCCAUGGAUUAUCCAAGAACCCGCUAUCAGUCACUGGACCGCGGUGGACUGGUGGAUCCACAUGAUCGCGAGUUUAUACCCAUAAGAGAGCCACGUGAUCGCUCGCGUGACAGAUCGCUGGAGCGUGGUUUAUAUUUAGAGGAUGAGCUUUACGGACGUUCGGCGCGACAAAGUCCCAGCGCGCUGGGAGGUUAUAAUACGGGCAUGCCUACGUCGGAUCGCGCGUAUUUGGGCGAUUUGCAGCAUCAGAAUACGGAUCUGCAGCGAGAGCUGGGCAAUCUGAAGCGCGAACUGGAGCUGACGAAUCAAAAGCUGGGCAGCUCCAUGCAUAGCAUUAAGACCUUUUGGUCGCCAGAGCUUAAAAAGGAGCGAGCGCUGCGCAAAGAGGAGAGCGCCAAGUACAGUCUGAUUAACGAUCAGCUCAAGCUGCUCAGCACUGAAAAUCAGAAACAAGCGAUGCUGGUGCGACAGCUGGAGGAGGAGCUGCGUUUGCGCAUGCGUCAGCCGAAUUUGGAGAUGCAGCAGCAAAUGGAGGCAAUCUAUGCGGAGAACGAUCAUCUGCAGCGUGAGAUUAGCAUAUUGCGCGAGACCAUCAAGGAUCUCGAGUGUCGUGUGGAGACGCAAAAGCAAACGCUAAUAGCGCGUGAUGAAAGCAUUAAGAAGUUGCUGGAAAUGCUGCAAGCCAAGGGCAUGGGCAAAGAGGAGGAGCGUCAAAUGUUUCAGCAAAUGCAAGCGAUGGCACAAAAACAGAUGUACAAUAACUUCAGCGGAAGCCCACCACUGCCAGAUAUCAUAGGACAAUAUUACGGACCCGCUGGCGCCGGCGCCGCAGGCUACGGAGCACCACUGAACGGCGGUUUGGGACUGGGACUAGGACUGGGACUGGGCUAUGGCAAUGCGUAUGGCAGCGAUCUCUACGGUCCGACCAACUCAACGGGCUAUCUAUACGAUCCGGCCGCAGCCGCCGCUGCUCAGCUGUACGGACAAACGUCGCCGAUACGUCGCAGACGCUACAGCAUUGCCGGACUGCCCUCGGCCACAAUGUAUAACGAUGUGUAUGGCUAUCCGGCGCCGCCGCUGCAUCAGACCAGCAGCUCCAAUAUUGUUAAUUUGCUGAAUGAGGCGCACAAGUCGAUAUCGCGCUCCUCGCAGAUAUUGAAUCUGAGCCAUCAGGCCAGGCAGCUGGGCCAGCCGCAAUUGGUGACGACACCGCUGUCCGGCCGCGUGGUCUCCAGUUACCCAACGCUGCAUCCGGGCGAUACGUCGCCGCCAUAUUUGAACGAUAACCUGCUGCAAAUGUCGACCAGCUUCAGCUCACAGCCCAAUAUGUACUUCCAGCCGCAGCCGGCGCAGCUGACGGCCGCUCAAAGCGCCGCCGCGGCCGCUGCGCGUCUGCGUCCCGCCUACUCCGUCUCGAAUCUCUUGGGCAGCAGCUACCCGGCCAGCUGCAAGUACGGUGCGACGGGCUACACGAAUCCAUACCAGAGCGACCUGGGCGCCGGCGGCUAUGGCCUGGGUCCGAGUUCGGGCCUCAGCUCAGGUCUAGGACUUGGCGGUCUCAGCUUGGGCCUGGGCUUGCCGCCGGCGCAGCAGCGCCAACUCAUGUCACACUCACUGCAUGCCUCCAAUCCCGCCAUCUCGCAGUACUAUCAGCAGCACUCGCUGCCCCCCACAGCCAGCUCCGGGCUGGCCUAUAAUCUGCAUCAGCAGUUCGCGGGCGCACAGCAAUACGGACAACAGCAGCAGACGCUGCCGCAUUCGCAUAUACAGGCGUCCGUGCAGCAGCAAAUGAAUCCGCAGUACCAGUACCAUGUGCACAGCCAUCAGAAUCACAUGCAAACGCAUCCGCUGGCCGCGCUGGCGAACACGAGCGGCCCCUUUGGUGGCACGCUCGCCAGCAGCAGCAGUGCUAGGGAGGGCUACGAGGGGCUGCAUCAUCAUGGUUCGCAUCAUCCGCUCUCGCAUUCGCUAACGCAUUCGCAUCCGCAUCCGCAUCAUCAUCAUCAUUUGGGGUCCACGUACCCGCACUCGUUGUCGCACUCGCAACACCAGCAGCAUCAGCAGCAGCAUCAUCAGCAACACCAAGCACACCAUCAUCAUCACUUGCCAUACUCGAAACUAGACUUAGAUUAUCCGAAACUGCCGCAAGAGCAUAAGCGACAAUUGGACGAAUUCCGUCUUGAAAUACAAAGAAGGGAUCAAGAGAUCUUGGCGAUGGCGGCCAAAAUGAAAACGCUAGAGGAGCAGCAUCAGGACUAUCAGCGGCACAUAGCGGUGCUCAAGGAGUCGCUAUGUGCCAAAGAGGAGCACUACAAUAUGCUGCAGACGGAUGUCGAGGAGAUGCGCGCCCGCCUAGAGGAGAAGAAUCGCCUGAUCGAGAAGAAGACGCAGGGCACGCUGCAGACGGUGCAGGAGCGCAAUCGUCUGACCAGCGAGCUCACCGAGAUCAAGGAUCACAUGGACAUCAAGGAUCGCAAAAUCAGCGUGCUACAGCGCAAGAUUGAAAACCUGGAGGAUCUGCUGAAGGAGAAGGACAACCAGGUGGACAUGGCACGCGCACGUCUAUCAGCAAUGCAAGCGCAUCAUAGCAGCUCCGAGGGCGCACUCACCAGCUUAGAGGAAGCCAUUGGCGACAAGGAGAAGCAAAUGGCGCAGCUGCGCGAGCAACGCGAUCGUGCCGAGCAUGAAAAGCAGGAGGAGCGUGAUCUGCACGAGCGCGAGGUGGCCGACUACAAGAUGAAGCUGCGUGCCGCUGAGAGCGAUGUGGAGAAGCUGCAGACGCGACUGGAGCGUGCAGUGAACGAGCGCGAGCGUCUGGAAAUCAAGCUGGAGGCCUCACAAAGCGAACUGGGCAAGUCCAAGGCGGAGCUAGAAAAGGCCACCUGCGAAAUGGGACGCAGCAGCGCCGACUGGGAGUCGACCAAGCAGCGCAUAGCACGCCUCGAGCUGGAGAAUGAGCGAUUGAAACACGAUCUGGAGCGUUCGCAGAAUGUACAGAAAUUAAUGUUCGAAACGGGCAAAAUAUCGACAACGUUUGGACGCACCACAAUGACCACGUCACAGGAGCUGGAUCGAGCGCAGGAGCGCGCCGACAAGGCGUCCGCUGAGCUGCGGCGCACGCAGGCAGAGCUGCGAGUGACACAGUCGGAUGCGGAGCGUGCACGCGAAGAGGCCGCCGCCUUGCAGGAGAAACUGGAAAAGAGCCAGGGCGAGGUGUACAGACUCAAGGCGAAGCUGGAGAAUGCCCAAGGCGAACAGGAGAGCCUGCGCCUGGAGCUGGAGAAGGCACAGGGCGGUGUCUCGCGUAUUCACGCCGAUCGCGAUCGGGCGUUCGCUGAGGUGGAGAAAAUCAAGGAAGAAAUGGAACGCACGCAGGCAACGCUGGGCAAGUCGCAGCUGCAGCACGAGAAGCUGCAAAACUCACUGGACAAGGCGCAGAACGAGGUCGAUCAUCUGCAGGACAAACUAGACAAGGCCUGCACCGAAAACCGACGCCUGGUGCUCGAAAAAGAGAAGCUCACCUACGACUACGACAAUCUGCAGUCGCAGCUGGACAAGGCGCUGGGCCAGGCGGCGCGCAUGCAGAAGGAGCGUGAGACACUCACGCUGGACACCGAUCGCAUACGCGAAAAGUUGGAGAAAACGCAGAUGCAUUUAGCGCGCAUACAAAAGGAACGUGAUCAAUUCUCCGAUGAGCUGGAAACGCUCAAGGAGCGCUCAGAGUCCUCCAACACGCUGCUCAUGAAGGCUGCACGCGAUCGCGAGGCCAUGCAAACCGAUUUGGAAGUGCUCAAGGAGCGUUACGAGAAAUCGCAUGCCAUACAACAAAAACUGCAGAUGGAGCGCGACGAUGCGGUGACCGAGGUGGAAAUACUCAAGGAGAAGCUGGACAAAGCGCUCUAUGCCAGUCAGAAGCUAAUCGACGAGAAGGACACCUCCAACAAGGAGUUCGAGAAGAUGCUGGAGAAGUACGAUCGUGCCCAGAACGAAAUCUAUCGCCUGCAGUCGAGAUGCGAUACCGCCGAGGCGGAUCGCGCGCGUCUUGAGGUGGAAGCUGAGCGCUCUGGCUUGGCUGCCAGCAAGGCGCGUGAGGAUCUGCGCAAGCUGCAGGACGAGAGCACACGCCUGCAGGAAGCCUGCGAUCGCGCAGCGCUGCAGCUGAGUCGCGCCAAGGAGUGCGAGGACAAUGCGCGCAGUGAGCUCGAGCACAAUCGAGAUCGCUUCGACAAGCUGGCAACGGACAUUAGACGCGCGCAGGGCGAGAAGGAGCAUCUGCAGUCGGAGCUGGAGCGUGUUAGCUACGAGCUGGAGCGUGCGCAUGCGGCACAGACCAAGGCCAGCGCUAGUGUGGAGGCGGCCAAGGAGGAGGCGGCACACUAUGCCGUCGAGCUGGAGAAAAUGCGCGAGCGCUAUGAGAAGAACCAAGUGGAGCUGCGCAAGCUGCAGGAUACGGACACGUUUGGACGCGAGACGCGCCGCCUGAAGGAGGAGAACGAGCGUCUGCGCGAAAAGCUGGACAAGACGCUCAUGGAGCUGGAGACCAUACGCGGCAAGUCGCAAUACGAGUCCGAGUCGUUUGAGAAGUACAAGGACAAGUACGAGAAGAUCGAGAACGAGAUACAGAACAUGGAGACGAAGCUGCACGAGACUAGCUUGCAGCUGGAGCUGUCCAAGGGCGAGGUGGCCAAACUGUUGGCCAAUCAGGACAAGCAGCGCAGCGAGCUGGAGCGCGCGCACAUUGAGCGCGAGAAGGCGCGCGACAAGCACGAGAAGCUGCUGAAGGAGGUCGAUCGUUUGCGCCUGCAACAGUCCUCGGUGAGCCCCGGCGAGCCGGUGCGUUCGUCCGUAUCGCUAUCAGCGGGCGAGCGCCAGGAGAUCGAUCGGCUGCGUGAUCGCCUGGAGAAGGCGCUGCAGUCGCGCGAUGCUACCGAACUGGAGGCCGGUCGCUUGGCCAAGGAACUGGAGAAGGCACAAAUGCAUCUGGCCAAACAGCAGGAGAACACCGAAUCGACGCGCAUCGAAUUCGAGCGCAUGGGCGCCGAGCUGGGACGCCUGCACGAUCGUCUGGAGAAAUCCGAGGCGGAGCGCGAGUCGCUGCGGCAGUCAAGCCGCGGCGCCGCCGCCGCCCCCAGCAGCGCACCCAAUCCACAGCUGGAGAAGCAUGUGCAGAAGCUGGAGACAGACAUCAAGCAGCUGGCCAUGGAGCGCGAACAGCUCGUGCUGCAGCUGGAGAAGAGCCAGGAGAUACUCAUGAACUUCCAGAAGGAGCUGCAAAAUGCCGAAACGGAAUUGCAAAAGACACGCGAAGAGAACCGCAAGCUGCGCAACGGCGAGCGCGUGGCGCCCGCCGCACCCGCCGAGAUACAAGCCAUGCAGAAGGAGAUUCAAGCGAUGCAGCAGAAGCUGCAGGAAUCCGAACGCGCUCUGGCGGCGGCUGGACAGCAACAACAGCAGGCAGCCAGCGCUGCAGCUGGCGCAAGUCGCGAGGAGAUCGAGCAAUGGCGCAAGGUCAUCGAGCAGGAGAAGAAUCGCGCCGACAUGGCGGACAAGGCGGCUCAGGAGAUGCACAAGCGCAUACAGCUUAUGGACCAACACAUCAAGGAUCAGCAUGCGCAGAUGCAAAAGAUGCAGCAGCAAAUGCAGCAGCAGACAGCGCAAGCGGCGCAGCAGCAGCAGCAGCAAUCGGCUGCAGCCAGCAGCGGCGUCGAUGCCAAGGAGCUGGAGAAGGUCAAGACGGAGCUGCAAGCGGCCUGCACGGAGCGCGAUCGCUUCCAGCAGCAGCUGGAGCUGCUGGUGCAGGAGCUGGAAAAGAGUCAGUUAUCCAAUCAGGAGCAGUCAAAGCAGCUGCAAACCUCGCAGCAGCAAGUGCAACAGCUGCAGCAACAAAUACAGCAACUGCAGCAGCAGAUGCAGCAACUGCAACAGGCGGGCACAGCGGGUGCGGCUGCCACGGAUGUGCAGCGACAGCAGCUGGAGCAGCAGCAGAAGCAGCUGGAGGAAGUGCGCAAGCAAAUCGACAACCAGGCAAAGGCCACCGAAGGCGAGCGUAAGAUCAUUGAUGAGCAGCGCAAGCAGAUCGAGGCCAAGCGCAAGGACAUUGAGGACAAGGAAAAGAAAAUGGCCGAGUUCGAUGUGCAGCUGCGCAAGCGCAAGGAGCAAAUGGAUCAGCUGGAGAAGUCGCUGCAGACACAAGGCGGCGGCGCCGCAGCAGCGGGUGAACUCAAUAAGAAGUUAAUGGAUACGCAGCGGCAGCUGGAAGCCUGUGUCAAGGAGCUGCAAAACACAAAAGAGGAGCACAAGAAGGCAGCUACAGAAACGGAACGUCUGCUGCAAUUGGUACAAAUGUCACAAGAGGAGCAAAAUGCCAAAGAGAAGACCAUUAUGGAUUUGCAACAAGCCUUAAAGAUCGCUCAAGCCAAAGUCAAACAAGCACAAACCCAGCAACAGCAGCAACAGGAUGCUGGACCCGCUGGCUUCCUGAAGAGCUUCUUCUAAACAGCCAGCUGACAUAUAUGUAUAUCAAACGUGUACUAUUUACAAAAAAAAACAAGAAAACCCAACACUACCAAAAAGAAAAAAACAAAACGAAAAAAAAAAACAGCAGCACUGUCUACUAUUUUGUAUACUACCGAUACCGUUACCGACUAUGCAGUAUUUCUUCUAUACACACACACACACAUUUGUAAAUGACAUAUGUAAAUGCAAGCAAGAAAUUAAUUAUAUAUAUACAUAAUGUAAUUAGGUUGCCGCUAUACUCAAUUUAUAAAUGCAUUUAUGUAAAUGUCAAACAGCUCGUAUGCAAACAAACAAACUAUAUAUAUAUAUAUGUAUAUCUUUCUCUCACACUCACGCUCUGUCUAACUCCCGAACUAAAACUAAAGUAAGCAAAGUUAAGCAUAAACUAAAUAUUGUCUACCGUUACAGCAGCAUUCCUACAUACUUAUAUAUAUAAAUAUUGUAUAUGCUCGCAGUUUAUAGCCUCUCAACUAAGCUCACAGUUUAAUGCGCUGCCCUUUCUUCUACUCGCUUUCGGUCUAAACUCAAUUUCCCAAUGCUGUCUAGCUCACUUGUAAAUUUUUGUUCGCUGUAGAAUUUAUACGAAUUAUAGACAGCACACAGUUAAAACACACACACACUCUCUCUUGCGCUCGCUCUCUUCUUAAACAAUGGCAACAACAACAAAAAGAAACAUUAGCUUUAUAACAUGGCGUAUACUUAACUUGACUUACAGCGUCACGUUGCCAACUGUUUUGAGCACAAUUCUGUUUUCACACCACACUAAGUUUCUUUGCAUAAGGCGCGAAUGUGAUUCACAAAAAUCUAGCAACAUAUAUAAAAAUUAUAAAGCAACAUAUAAACUCAUUGAGGCGUCAUUAUCAAUAAAUGCUAGCGUGUCUGUUAUAGUUAGUUACAAAUGAACACACAUACAAACACAUACUGUAUAUAGCGCAUUGAAGCAUCUUACAUAAUCGUACAAUAUGUCAUAUAGCAAGCUACAAAUUAUACAGAUACAAUAUGGUAGAGAGCAAUAAUUUAUACUAUAAUCCCAGCUAUAAAUGUAUAUUAUAUACUAUGGUUACUUAUUUGAUCAUUAUAUUGCGUAGCCUUUAGCCAAAGGUUACCACAAUGCAACAAAAGCGACAA